AUGUAUCGACUGGAACAAUCGCUGAGUUUUGUAGAAAAUAGACAGCAGUGUUCAUUGUGCAGGACUUCUCAAUAUGACGCGUAUUUGCCUUACACUGGAAGAGAUUACGGAAAUUACAACCCUGCCGUUAACAUAAUAGAGGCGGAUAUAGCUCAAACGUUUGGCAGGUCUGGUCAAAAUGAUACUGGUCUCCAAGAACAGUCCCAUGAACCUUUCAAGGAUUACAUGGAUCCGAAACUGAUGAUGCUGCGUUUGGAUGUCCAGCAAGUCAUCAACAAUUUGGAUCAAACGAGGAGAAUUGAAGAUAGGAACGACCAAGAACAAUAGUAAACGCUGAUUAUCAAUUAUUUCGAUACCAUGAAGUAAAUUUAUAUACACUACAAGUAUUAAUUAAAGAAAUUUUACUACAAGCAUCACAUGUGAUUUUUUUUAGGGUGAAAAUAAAAGUCUGACAGCAAUA